AUGAGCUCUCGCCUCAGCAAGAGCAGCUCCCUGGUCGCCUUCUUACAGCAGCUGCGCAGCCUCGGGCAGCCCCCCAGACCCAUGACAUCGACGGCGUGCGCGCCCCCUCGGCCGCGCGAGGUGCCCCUGUGCCCGCUGGCGGAACGUGGCGAGGCACAGAACGCGGCAGCCUUGCCCGGCCCCACCAACUGGCCACUGCUGGGCAGCCUCCUGGAGAUUCUCUGGAAAGGGGGGCUCAAGAAACAGCACGAUACGCUGGCGGAGUACCACAAGAAGUAUGGCAAGAUUUUCCGGAUGAAGUUGGGUUCCUUCGACUCAGUGCACCUGGGCUCGCCCUGCCUGCUGGAAGCCUUGUACCGCACGGAGAGCGCGUACCCCCAGCGGCUGGAGAUCAAACCCUGGAAGGCCUAUCGCGACUAUCGCCAGGAGGGCUACGGGCUGCUCAUCUUGGAAGGAAAAGACUGGCAGAGGGUCCGGAAUGCCUUUCAAAAGAAACUCAUGAAACCCGUGGAAAUUAUGAAGUUGGACAACAAAAUCAAUGAGGUCUUGGCUGAUUUCAUGGGUAGAAUGGAUGAACUGUGUAACGAGAGAGGCCACAUUGAAGACCUAUACAGUGAACUGAACAAAUGGUCAUUUGAAAGCAUCUGCCUUGUGCUCUACGAGAAGAGAUUUGGGCUCCUUCGGAAGGAUGCAGGGGAUGAAGCGUUGGAAUUCAUCAAGGCCAUCAAAACGAUGAUGAGCACAUUCGGGAGGAUGAUGGUCACCCCCGUGGAGCUGCACAAGAGCCUCAACACUAAGGUCUGGCAGGCCCACACGCUGGCCUGGGACACCAUUUUCAAGUCAGUCAAAUCUUGUAUCAACCAGCGGCUAGAGAAGCAUUCAGAGCAGCCCAGCAUGGACUUCCUCUGUGACAUUUACCACCGCAAUCAGCUUUCAAAGAAAGAACUCUACGCAGCUGUCACCGAGCUCCAGCUGGCCGCGGUAGAGACGACAGCAAACAGCUUAAUGUGGAUUCUCUACAAUUUAUCCCGCAAUCCCCAUGUGCAACAAAAGCUUCUUAAGGAAAUUCAGAGCGUAUUGCCUGAGAAUCAGAUGCCACGGGCCCAGGAUUUGAGGAAUAUGCCAUAUUUAAAGGCCUGUCUGAAAGAAUCCAUGAGACUUACCCCAAGCGUGCCAUUUACAACUAGGACUCUUGACAAGGCUACGGUUCUGGGUGAAUAUGCUUUACCCAAAGGAACAGUGUUGAUGCUAAAUACCCAGGUGUUGGGGUCCAAUGAAGAGAAUUUCAAAGAUUCGAGUCAAUUUCAACCAGAACGAUGGCUUCAAGAGAAAAAGAAGAUCAAUCCUUUUGCACACCUUCCGUUUGGCAUUGGGAAGAGAAUGUGCAUCGGCCGCCGGCUCGCUGAGCUCCAGCUGCACUUGGCUCUCUGCUGGAUUGUCCGCAAAUAUGACAUCGUGGCCACAGACCACAAGCCGGUGGAGAUGCUGCACUUGGGCAUCCUGGUGCCCAGCCGGGAACUGCCCAUUGCCUUCUGCCAGCGGUGA